AUGGAAGAAGGAAGUGAAACGGGAACUAGCAAAACCCUGGUUUUUGCUGUUAAUGGUCGUAGGUUCGAGCUCUCUGAUGUCGACCCUUCAACUACUUUGAUCGAGUUCUUGCGUACCAAAACUCCUUUCAAGAGUGUCAAGCUCGGGUGUGGUGAAGGUGGCUGUGGAGCUUGUGUUGUUCUGGUUUCUAAGUAUGAUCAUAUAGUUGGUAAAGUUGAAGACUUCACAGUAAGGGCAUGUCUUACCCUGCUUUGCAGUUUACAUGGAUGUUCGAUCACCACAACUGAAGGCCUUGGAAAUAGCAAAGAUGGGUUUCACCCAAUUCAUGAGAGAUUUGCUGGUUUUCAUGCUUCCCAAUGUGGUUUCUGCACUCCUGGAAUGUGCAUGUCCCUCUACGGAACCCUUGUUAAUGCUGAUAAGACAAAUGGACCAGAAUCAGGCUCAGGGAUCUCCAAGCUGACAGCUUUUGAAGCUGAAGAAGCCAUUGCUGGCAAUCUUUGUCGGUGUACUGGAUAUCGACCUAUUGCUGAUGCGUGCAAAAGUUUUGCAGUUGACAUUGACAUGGAGGAUUUAGGGUUCAACUACUUCUGUAAAACCAAGGAAAGCAGGAUGCCUGUGUAUGACAAUAACCAAGGCAUCUCUAGAUUCCCGGAAUUUUUAAAUUCGGAAUUCAAGAGUAAUUUGCUAUUGUGUUCAGAGAAACUCCGGUGGCUUACGCCAAAAGCGUUCUUGGAGCUUGACAACCUGUUGUUAUCCAUCAAUUCCAACAGAGUUGGCCUGGUGAAACUAGUGGUUGGUAACACUAGUGCUGGUAUAUACCUGAACUUUCGUGCUAGGCGAGAUCCGGUAAGGAUUGAAAUAGGGGCAGCUGUGACCAUUUCUAAAGCAAUCUGCGCACUGAGAGAAGCUUUCAGAUCUCCUUCAGAAGGUGCUAUCGUUUAUAAAAAGAUCGCAGCUCAUAUGGAGAAAAUAGGUACCAAGUUCGUUCAAAAUACAGGCAGUAUAGGUGGGAAUUUAGUCAUGGCUCAGAGGGAACAUUUUCCAUCUGACAUUGCUACCAUACUUCUUGGAGCUGGUGCUUUUGUUAAUAUACGAAGUGGUACAGCUUAUGAGACAGUUAGCUUAGAAGAAUUCCUUGAAAGACCACAUUUGGAUUCAAAAAGUGUACUUUCAAGUGUUAAAAUCCCGCUCUGGGAGCUGGAAAAGGGCAGAAAUUCUGGGGUAGACCGUAAACUGUUAUUCGAGACAUACCGGGCUGCACCUAGAGCUCAUGGAAAUGCGUUGGCCUAUGUAAAUGCUGCUUUCUUGGCUGAACUUUCAUCCUGUGGAUCUUCUGGUGGAGCUGUACUGAAUAAAUGUCUGCUGGCUUUUGUUAAAGCAACAAUUGUACCUGAAGAAGGAACCAGCAGUGAAGCCUAUAGGUCAAGUGUGGCAGUUGGUUUUCUAUUUGAAUUCCUGAGCCCCUUGGCAGAUGCUACUAUUGGAAUCUCAACAUGUACUAUGUCGUCCAAGGGCGCUGGAGAGAAUUAUGAAGAGGGUGGCCAUGUUAAAUGCCCCAGAAUGCUGUCAUCCUCAAGGCAGGUGUUUCAACUAAACAAGGAUUACUGUCCUGUUGGUGAACCAAUUGUACUAUCUGGAGCUGCCCUUCAAGCUUCUGGUGAAGCGGUUUAUGUUGAUGACAUCCCCUCCCCUGCAAAUUGUCUACAUGGCUCAUUCGUUUAUAGCACAAAGCCAUUAGCUAGAGUAAGGGGUAUACAAGUCUACCCUAAAUCGCAGUCAAAUCGGAUAUCUGGUCUUAUUACUUAUAAGGACAUACCAAAAGGUGGGAAGAACGUAGGUUCCAUGACCAUAUUUGGACCUGAACCUUUGUUUGCCGAUGAUUUUACUCAAUAUACUGGAGAUCGCCUUGCCUUCGUGGUUGCCGGUACCCAGAAAGAAGCCGAUGUGGCAUCAAGGCUCGCCAUUGUUAACUAUGAUCUAGAGAAUCUGGAAGCCCCGAUCUUAACAGUGGAAGAUGCUGUGGCUAGGUCUAGCUUUUUCCAGGUUCCUCCUUUUCUGUAUCCCAAAGAAGUUGGUGAUUUUUCAAAAGGAAUGGCUGAAGCUGAUCACCAGAUUCUUUCCGCCGAGGUAAAGAUCGAUUCUCAAUACUACUUCUAUAUGGAAAGUCAAACUGCCCUUGCUGUGCCUGAUGAAGAUAACUGCAUGGUAGUUUACAGUUCUUCUCAGUGCCCUGAGUAUGUUCAUGCCACAAUUGCUCAAUGUAUUGGUGUUCCUGAACAUAACGUACGCGUAAUUACCAGAAGGGUUGGAGGUGGCUUUGGUGGGAAGGCUAUUAAAUCAAUGCCAGUUGCUACAGCUUGCGCACUUGCCGCUCAUGUACUGCGCCAGCCUGUCAGGAUAUAUGUCAAUCGCAAAACUGAUAUGAUAAUGGCAGGAGGUAGGCAUCCAAUGAAGAUAACUUACAGUGUUGGUUUCAAGUCGACUGGGAAAAUCACGGCACUGAAGCUCGACAUACUAGUCGAUGCUGGGAUAUAUACAGACAUAAGUCCAGUAAUACCAUCAAACUUUAUGGCCGUAUUAAGAAAGUAUGAUUGGGGUGCUUUCUCUUUCGAGAUAAAGGUCUGCAAAACUAAUACAGUAAGUAGAUCAGCAAUGCGGGGACCUGGAGAAGUUCAGGGAUCAUAUGUUGCAGAAGCUAUAAUUGAAAACAUAGCCUCUACUCUUUCCGUGAAUGCAGACUGUGUAAGAAAAAUUAACCUUCACACACAUGAUAGCCUUAAGUUGUUCCAUCCUGAUAGCUCAGGUGAAGUACCAGAGUAUACAUUGAGUUUGAUCUGGGAGAAUUUAGCCCAAUCUUCUGAAUAUAGCCAGAGAAGGGAAAUGGUAAGUGAGUUUAAUAAGUGCAAUGUGUGGAAGAAAAGAGGCCUUUCUUGUGUGCCAAUAGUUCACGAACUGAUAGUGAGACCUGCUCCUGGGAGAGUAAGCAUUUUAAGAGAUGGGUCUAUUGUUGUUGACGUUGGAGGUAUAGAGCUUGGUCAGGGACUAUGGACAAAAGUAAAGCAGAUGACAGCAUUUGCUCUUGGGUUGAUCAAAUGUGAUGCUUUAGAAGUAGACUUGUUGGAGAAAGUAAGGAUAAUACAAGCUGAUACUCUAAGUUUGAUUCAAGGCGGCUUUACUGCUGGAAGCACUACGUCUGAGUCAAGUUGUGAAGCAGUUAGACUUUGCUGUGAGAUCUUGGUUGAGAGACUGAGACCUCUAAAGGAAAAGUUGAAGACUGAAAUGGGUUCUGUGCAAUGGGAGAUGCUUAUUCAACAGGCACAUAUGCAAGCUGUGAACUUAUCCACAAGCUCGUACUCUGGCCCUGAUUUUUUUUCCAACCACUACUUAACCUACGGUGCUGCAGUGAGCGAGGUGGAGGUAAACCUACUUACUGGGGGAACAACAAUUCUGAGAUCAGAUAUACUUUAUGAAUGUGGACGAAGCCUAAAUCCUGCUGUGGAUUUAGGACAGAUUGAAGGUGCCUAUGUGCAAGGUAUUGGGUAUUUUAUGCUGGAAGAGUACACAAGAAACUCGGAUGGACUAGUAACCUCAGAUGGAACAUGGAACUACAAGAUUCCUACAGUAGACACAAUACCAAAACAGUUAAACGUCGAAAUACUAAGCAGUGGAAAUCACAAGAACCGUGUGCUGUCCUCCAAAGCUUGUGGUGAGCCACCACUGCUCUUGGCAUCUUCAGUUCACUGCGCGACGAGAGCAGCAGUUAGAGCAGCCCGAGAGCAGCUUCAGUCAUGGGGUUACCACGACGAAUAUGGUCCAACCUUCAAUCUGGAGGUGCCAGCUGUCAUGCCAACUGUGAAGGAGCAAUGUGGUUUGGACAAUGUAGAGAGGUACUUGAAGUGGAAAAUGAGCACCCACCGAGUUGAACAAUAG